ACUGCGCCCGCGCCGCAGCCCGUGUUGCAGCCCGCAUGCCACCUCCAGAAAUGACCGGAAUCUUGCGGCCCACUGAGGCUGUGCGCUGAGGGUCUGCAGACUGCGGGAGCCGUGCAUAGUGAUCUUCGAUUUUCACAAGAGCCCUGCAAGUCCUGUAGACCUCACUCGAGCCGACCCCGCGCCCAGAGCUCUUGUUCGCUCUUGUCGCCUCUCAACCCCUAGGACAAUGCUUGGCCCGGAGUAGGCUCUCAACAAACUGGAUGCAUGAAUGCAUGAACGAACCUCCACUAUUCCAGAAGUUGAGGAUCCCAAGCUGAGAGAGGAGGUGGAGUUUCUGGACCAGCAGAGCUGAGGGAACCCAGACUUGAAGUGAAGCGAAGCAGCUCUGCUGAGGUCAGCGCCAUGGCCGCUCCACAGGAUUCAAAUGAGACUUCCUAUCUGCUCCCUCCAAACAGUAAGGACUGGGAAGAGCAAGGCAUUCCUGACUUUGUCUACGGGCAGAAGGAGCUUGUGCUGGAAGGGAUUCAGUGGCCUGGGACUGCCCCCGGCCUCCUGGACACGCCGCCUGGGUCUCGCUUCGACUCUGCUCUCUGCUCCGCCUGGAGGCAGCGCAUGGACCUGGGGCUCUUCCGCUACCGCCUGGGGGAGCUGCAGACCCAGACCCUGCCUGGUGCUGUGGGUUUGGUGGCUCAGCUGAAUGUGGAGCGAGGUGUGCAGAGGAGGCGCCCCCAGAACAUCCGGAGCGUGAAGCAGGCAUUUGACCCUGAACAGUUUAACUUCAACAAGGUCCGGCCAGGAGAAGUGCUCUUCCGUUUGCUCCGGGAGCCCGAUCUCCCGGGUGCUCUCCGGCAAGAAGACAUCCUCGUCAUGAUCAAUGUCAGCCCCCUGGAGUGGGGCCACGUGCUGCUGGUGCCCGAGCCCACCCGCGGGCUCCCCCAGCGCCUGCUGCCAGGCGUGCUGCGGGCCGGCGUCGAGGCCGUGCUGCUGAGCUCACACCCGGGCUUCCGCGUCGGCUUCAACAGCCUGGGGGGCUCGGCCUCGGUGAACCACCUGCACCUGCACGGCUACUACCUGGCUCGCAGACUGCCCGUGGAGGGGGCGCCGAGCGAGCCCCUGGACCCUGGCGGCCGUCUGCAUCUGCUCCGGACUCUCCCAGCUCCCGGCUUCCUCUUCUACACAGGCGGCCCGGGGCCCGACCUGGAAGCCCUGAUAGGCAGGGUGUGUCGGGCCACUGACUACCUGACCGACCAUGAGAUUGCCCAUAAUUUAUUUGUGACGCGGGGGGCCCCACCUGGAAAGACAUCACCUUCCUCCGCUCUCACAGGCGUCCGCGUAAUUCUAUGGGCCCGGAAGUCCAGCUUUGGGGUAAAGGAAGGCGAGGCGUUCAAUGUCGCCCUCUGUGAGCUGGCCGGGCACCUCCCUGUCAAAACGUCCCGGGAUUUUGGCAGUCUGACAGAGGCGGCCGCUCUGGCCCUCAUUCAAGACUGUCUGCUGCCCUCGGCCCAGGCGGAAGAGGUACAGGCAGCCCUGGUGGCCGUGAUAGCCCAGGACGAGCAGUGAUCCUUCUAGAAGUAUUUAUUUUCUACCUGGUCUAAGUCCCUUUCCACAUGGUCGUUUGGGCUUCCAUGACUGCCACCUUACCCGUCUCAGCCCAAGGGGAGGGAUAAAGAACUGACAAGUGAUCUCUAAAGAGAAGAAACCUUAGAAUAAAUGGAAUGAAUGAG